CUUUUGACAUCUCUACUCAUCUGUCAUGUUUAUUCUUUAAUCGCUCGAGAAAUUGCGAAAUUACAGAAUCCUCGAAGAAUCCUGGCGAAUGUGAGCUUCUUACCAGACUUUUUUGCGUAUUUCAACUCACGUGACACCGUGUGACAUCGCAAGACACGCCAAAUUAUCGUGCGCCCGCAAAAAACUCUCAAAUCAGGUCACACUGAUUAGAUCACCUGAGCACUGUUGUGAGAACCCAGAAAGUAGUGAGAAAAAUGGCAACGCCAACGGCACCCCCCAUGGAAGACGUGAAGAACGACAAAAAGGACGACAACAACGGGGAUGACAACGAGAAAAAUAACGAUGCCAUGUUCGAGUGCAAUAUUUGCUUAGACACAGCCAAAGACGCAGUUGUCAGCUUAUGCGGACACCUUUUCUGCUGGCCCUGCUUGCAUCAGUGGCUCGAAACGCGACCAAAUCGGCAAUUUUGUCCCGUGUGCAAGGCGGCGAUCAGCAAAGACAAGGUUGUGCCUUUGUACGGUCGGGGAGGGGGCAAACAGGAGGAUCCACGCACAAAAAAAGUUCCGCCACGACCACAAGGACAACGACAAGAGCCCGAACAACAAGGCUUCCAGGGCUUUGGAUUCGGCGACGGUGGUUUUCACAUGUCUUUUGGCAUUGGAGCCUUUCCUUUUGGUUUUUUCACAUCAUCCUUCAACAUUGGCGAACCAAGACCAAGUGCAGCGCCCCGUGGCUCGGCGCAAUGGGAAGACGAACAGUACCUGUCGAAGGUUUUCUUAUGGAUCGCGGUGAUUUUCCUCUUGUGGCUCAUUAUUGCAUAGAAAAAACGUAUAACUAUAGGAAAAUUAUUUCAAUCAUUUAUAUAUUUACAAAAAUUU